CCGAACCCGGUUUUGCAACCAGACCGCUUAUGUUGUCUUCAAUAAUCAAGAACCGUAUCCAUUUCCCCCUUUUCAUCGUGUUCUUCGAAAUCUCUCUCAGAUCAAGCUUCAAUUUCUAUUUAUUUAUUCAUUUACCCUCUUAAAUUGAUCUUUUUAUUUGUUAAUUUCUAUCAUCCGCUUUCGAUUGAUCCAAGUUUUUGAUCAAUUCGAUUAUCAUAUUAAAUUUUAGGGUUAGGGUUUGUUCUUCGAUGUUCAGAUUGAGGAUUUUCCUCCACCGAUCCUUUUUAUUAUCGGAUCCCUUCAAUCCCUGUAAUUUACCCUACGUUGACGGUUCUUAAUUUAUAGCUUUUUCGUCCAAUUUACAUUCUAGGGUUCUCGAAGCGCUCGUGUUACGAAAACUCGCUUUUUCUGCAAAAUUCAUCGAGGGAUUCGGUUGCAAUGGGAACCAAAAGACCUUUUGAUGAGGAUAUUCAGGAGUUUAUAAAGCAUCCAAAGCAUCUUGAAAAUGGGAAUAAACCUGAUCCAUUUGGAGAAGAAGAUAAACAUACUCUUGAAACAUCUCACAAUCUUGGGAUUACAGGUGAACAUGGAGCUACCUUCUUCCAAACAGGUGAUUCCAUUAAAACCGAGAAGCUCAAUUCUGUCACAGAAAUGGCGAACGAGUUUGAAACCAGUGAACACUCACGUGAAAACAUUCCCGCCCCUGUGUUUCCCUCGAAUCUUUUCCCUGAGUUUUUCGAAUUCAACAUGCCAAGACGACAACUAGCUCAUUUUGAUGAUACGUAUUCAUCUAUUUUGAGUAAUUCUCCCAGAAAACAGGUUCCAAUUGGGCCAGAUCAUCAAGCCGAUGUCCCUGAUUUUGAUCCAGAUUUAGCGAGGAAUCUCUCUGAGAAUCGAGAGAAAAGUUCAUUAGGCGUAAUUGUCAAUUCACCUUCGAGUGAAACAGAUUGUAAAUGCUUGGAUUCCGGUUCUAUCCGAUGCGUUCAACAACACAUCAAUGAAGUCCGAUUGAAGCUAAAAAACUCUCUAGGGCUUGACAAAUUCAUCGAUUUAGGGUUACACGAAAUGGGGGAAGAAGUAUCGCAUAACUGGACUGACGAAGAACAACAACUCUUUCAAGACGUGGUUUACUCUAAUCCCGUUUCUCUAGGUCGCCGAUUCUGGGAACAACUCUCGAUUGCAUUCCGAUCCCGAACAAAGAAGGAAUUGGUAAGUUAUUACUUCAACGUUUUCAUGCUUCGUAGACGCGCUGUUCAAAACCGAUCGAAUUUAUUAGAAAUCGAUAGCGACGACGAUGAAUGGUGGGGAAGUAAACGCGGGCCUUCUGGCUCUGGUGUAAGAGUAGAAGACGAAGAGUUUGUUGUGGUCGGACCUUUCGGCGAUUCCGGCGGUCGUGAUUCUUCUUCAUCCGAAGACGGCGAUGACCAUGGAGAUAUUCUCGUCGGUGUUCAUGGCGGCGAUUUACAUGACGAUAAGACUGUAAGUGAAAGCGAGCAAGAAAAGGUAAACGGUGGUGGGUUGAGAUCGGAAUCGUAUUUACAUUGGGAUCCGCCGUACUCCACCAUGGGUUCAACGAAAGGUGUUGAUCUGUUGCCGACUUGUAGUAUGAUCGAAGAAAUAUUUGGGUCCUCAAAAAACGGGAAGAAUACUUAAUGAGGUAACUUUUUUCAGAUGCUAAUAUAAGCCCCCCCCCCCCCCCCCCCCCCCCCCCCCCCCAUGUACUUUUGUACAUUAAUUUUGUGAUACGAACUAUAUGGAGGAUUUGUUUUAUCCCUCGAUCUUAAAUUGCUCGCAAAAAUCUUUUAAUUUAUACCACAGGUGCAUUACGGUGUUGUGUUUUAGUUACAGUUAGAUUACGUGACAUGACAGUUUUAUACUGUGUUUUAGAGGAAUGUCUAUCGGUCAAAACUUGUAACUUUGUACCCUUUGUGUUCCAUCUUAAAAUAAUAUGUAAAAUAUAGUUACAAAUUAAAUAAGGUAUUCUUAUAUAAUAUUAAAUACUCAUGUAUUUCA